UUUUUGAUUCUCUAAUUCUAAUCUUCAACGCAAUGCAGCUUUCGUACUCCAAUAACAUUAAAGUUAUUAAUUUGAAUAGUACAAAAUUAAUACCUGAGUGGAUAUCAGAAAAGAAACGUCGAAAAUUAGAAAAGCAGGAUGUCGACAUUCGGAAAAGAGUUCAAUUAUUACAAAACCUUGAGAUGCCUUCAGUUAGUCGAACAAUUUCCUUUUCUUCCGAUGGAAACUACCUUUUUACGACAGGCUCUUACAAGCCAACUUUAAAGUGCUUUGAUUUAAAUGAACUAUCACUUAAAUUUGAACGCGGCCUGGAUGCAGAUGUUGUUAAAUUUCAGUUAUUGAGUGAUGAUUACACAAAAUUUAUUUUACUUGAAGAAGAAAGAUUUGUUGAAUUCCACACGGGCUAUGGACGAUAUUUUCGACUGAGGAUACCACAUUUUGGCAGAGAUAUUUCAUUCUGCCGAGAAAUAAGUGAAGCAUACAUUGCUGGCUGUCGAAACGAAAUUUUUCGGCUUAACUUGGAGCUCGGACGUUUUCAUGAACCUUUGUAUAGUCAAUCAGAGUCUUUAACAUGUUGUCAGUUUAAUGACCAACACCAACUUUUUGUUUGCGGGACAACUGAUGGAAAAGUCGAAGCAUGGGAUUAUCGUGAUCGAUCACGUGCUGCUGUUCUUGAUUGUGUGUUAAAUAAGGCUAUAGCUAUGGAAUUGGAUCUUGAUAGCAGUCUUUGUUUCAAGGAUGCACUUCAUUUGGCUGUUGGUUUGAGCAAUGGAUAUAUUCUUCUCUAUGAUAUCCGGUCAUCGCAACCUUAUCUUACAAAAACUCAUAAUUUUGGAUUGCCAAUAACUCGAUUAGAAUUUGCCUUAAAUCAAGAAGUUGUUUUGAGUAUGGAUGGACGUGCUUUAAAAAUAUGGAAUGAACACAAUGGACAACCUUUUACAAGUAUAGAACCUGGUUCUGACCUCAAUGAUUUUGCUCAUUACCAAAAUUCUGGUAUAAUAUUUUUCGCUAAUGAUGAUCCAAAAAUCAAACAAUAUUUUAUUCCUGCACUCGGUCCAGCUCCAAAAUGGUGUUCUCAUUUGGAGUCAAUAUCGGAAGAAUUGGAAAUUGACAAUAAUUCCAAUGUUUACGAUGAUUUUAAAUUUGUAACAAGAACACAAAUGGAUGAAUUUGGUCUGCAACACUUAAUUGGAACUAAUGCGGCAAGAGCAUAUAUGCAUGGUUAUUUUAUUGAGAUGAAAGCUUACACAAAGGCGAUAGGGCAAAAUAAAUUAAGUGCUGUUGAGGAAUAUAGGGAACGAAAAUUGAAAGAGAAACUAGAAAAAGAACGUCAAGUCUCAUUUGUGAAGCGUACAACUUCUGUUAUAUUGCCUAAAGUAAAUCGAGAGCUGGCAAGUAGAUUACAAUCGGAUGUUGGUUUUGUAGAAGAAUCUGGAGAGUCUUCAAAAAUGAAUAAUUCAUCGAAUUAUUUAUUAACUGACCAACGAUUUUCUGGAUUAUUUAAUGACCCUGAUUUUGAAAUUGUUGAAGACAGUGAACAAUACAAGCAAUUGGCUCCAAUGAUGAAAAAAUUGGAAGUAAAAAAGAAGAAAAAUGAAAAAAGAAUUGAAGAAAAGAAAAGAAAUAUACAAAAUGAUGAAAUGACCGAAAUGGAUGAGGAUAAUGAAUUUUCAACUUAA